AUAAUUAGGUGUAGGCUACUGCUUAACUACGCACGAACGUGACCAAAUCCGCCUGUUAAAUAUCUCUACCUGCGUGAGAGCCACAUGAGGAUAUUUUUUUUAUUAUUAAUAAAAAUGGAUCAUUUAUAAUAUCCGGAGUUUUAAUGAACUAUAUAUAGUAAGUCCAAGUAUUCUUUGAAGACGAGUCGGAAUGCUUAGGAAGGAGACCUCCCGUUCAUACCAAGAAUUCAAUGACGAGGAGGAAGAACUACAAACCCCAGACUUCUACCAAGACAAUGGCAGUGCCAACGGUGGCCCGGAGGAGCCAGAAGAAUCCAUUGCCAGUGUUCUACCAGAGGAAGACACAGUGAACGGCAACACGUUUACGUUAUUCAACAAGGCCUGUCUGAAGAACGUGUUCACCGUCCUGCUACUGUUCAUCUACCUGGUGUUGACUGCUGUGGCUGUGUUCCUGGCCUACCAAACCAUCACCGACUUCAUGGAGAAGCUCAGUCACCCUGUCAUGUCCGUCACAUACAAGGAGGUGGAUGUCUUCUCUCCCCCAGGCAUCGCCCUGUACCCUGGGACGGCUCAGCUGUUGAGCUGUCAGCACCACCACCAUGCCCAUAUCCCCCCGCUGGUCACCCCAGGGAAGCCCCAGCCAGGAGACUGUGUCAUGGAGGAGGUGACCUACACUGGCCCCUUCACCAACCACACCGUGAAGCAAGCCUUGGUGGUCAGCGGUCCAACAGAUGUCAGAAACAGGGAGUUAAUCUUCCUGCAGUUCAGUAAGAACGAGACAGAAGAAGAUUUCAGUGCCAUCACAUACAUGCUCUUCGACAAAUACAACGACCUGUCCAGAAGCGUGGAUAAAUCAGCGUUCAUGCAGGCCUGUGAGAGGAACUACUCCAUGAGGACGUUCUCUGGAGGCUUCAGGACCUGGGUCAAGAUGUCACUGGUCAAGACCUCUGGGAAGAAGAACGAGUCCAUGGAGUUCCGGCAAGAGUCUAGUGUGGUCAAAUAUAAUGACAAGAGACCUGUAUCAGAGCAAGAAGCCAUUCAGCUUUUCUUUGUUGCGUUUGAAUGGAGGGAUCCCUUUGUACAAGAAGUCAGAGAUAUCGUGACAGCCAAUCCGUGGAAUACAGUUGCAAUUCUGUGUGGCGUGUUCAUGGCUCUGUUCAAGGCUGCUAACUUUGCCAGUUUCAGUGUGAAAUGGGUCAUCAAGAUUCGUAAGAGGCACCUGAGAAACAGAAACAAGGAACUGAACCACAUCGGCUCAGAGAGACAUAGUAGCUAAUACUCAUAUUAAUAGAAUAGAAUAAUCACUUUAUUUUUCCCGUGAAGGAACUUCUUUCAACCAAUCACCGAGGCACUUGCUUUUAAUGGCAAAUAUUGCCCAGGUUUUAAAAUGUUGUUUUGGGAUCAUCACAUCAGAUUUUGUACGUAUAAAUAUUGAUGAGAUGGUAACGUGUAUACGAUUUUAGACAACUCAACCAAAGGUCAAAUUCACAAUGAUUUUUGUUGUUGUCAGACUUACGUUUCUUUAUACAUAAGUCAUAUGUAGCAUUCCAAAAUGUUACUGGGAAAUAUGAUUGGAAAAUGUAUUUAUGAAUGUUAUGAAACUGUUGCUGAGGAAAACUUGUUUCUGAACCAUCAAAAACUGACAUGAACUGUAGGCCUAUCAAGAUAAAUUCCUCAGUUUACCUGCCAUAACAUUCUUAAAUCUGAGUUUAAAUUGAGCAGUGAGAUGUUUUAAAACGUGUAUUCUUUUUAGAAUAACUUAAAUUGUUAAGUAUCUUAUCGCCUCUGGAUAUUUUAUGUAUAUAAAAAAAAAAAGGGAACAGUGAGUAGUGCUUACCAAAUGUGGACCAUGAUGCAAUUGCUUAUUUGUUUGUUUUUCCGUGGUUUGUUUCCCUUUUACAAAGAAUGAAUGUAUAUAGAAUGAAGGAGUCAGUUUUAACUUUAUAUCUCACUGGAUUACUCAUACGACUGAACAACUGACUCAUACGACUGAACAACAGACUCGUACGACUGAACGACAGACUCGUACGACUGAACGACAGACUCAUACGACUGAACGACAGACUCGUACGACUGAACGACAGACUCGUACGACUGAA